AUGUCGCCCAGCAUGUGCGAAUCAUCGGUCUCCGGUUCGUCUAGCUCAGAUGAGUCGGACUCCCAGAUCGAGACAGUCACCAACGGCGUCAAGCACGUGAUCAUCAACGGAGACAGCAAACAGAUUGGCAAGCAGGGGAAGAAGGAAGAGGCAGAGGAUGACGAGCCUUUCGAUCCCGGUAUGAAGCUUGGGUUCAAGAACCUCUACUCAGGCAAGGAAGACAAGAAAGGCCGGUUUCAGUGGCAGGACACGGUUCCAGAAGACAUAGGCGACCCUGUAGAGAACAACGAGACCGCGAAGUGGGCUCUUCUGGUUCGAAACGUCAAAGUCUACAAUGACCCCAGGAGGGUACUGUCAGUCCAUUCGAUCGUCGUGCAAAGCCCGCUGUUGAAGAAGUUGCUCGCUGGAGUAUUGAAAAACUACCCUGGUGUCACAGUCGGUCUGAACCGCUUGGAGUUCUCAGGCAAGUUCGAACCUCUUAUCCAUCGGUGGGCGGAGCUGCAAGCGGCCAUCAGCAAGCUCGGCAGUUCGACGGAAGAGCAGCGAACGACCAAAGAGCAUGCGGAGUUGUUGCAGGGCAUCCUUGUGAAAGAGUUCAAGAGCUUGAUCGACACUUCGCAGGACAUGAUGAGCAAGCGAGUUAUGAACUUCGAGCUCUUGUGGACUCUCUAUCAGCCCGGGGCAACGAUCUUUUCGCGUCAAGACGGCCAAGAGACAGCCCUGACACUGAACACAACUCAUUACGGCCUGGACUCGAAAGGUAUUCCAUGCUUCUGGAUCACAGGCAAGUACAUCGACUGGGACGGCACAAAGUUCGGCACACAGAAGCUGAACGUAUGCGUUCCUGUCUUCACUGGUACUCGCGCCAUCGGCUCGCUGAAGGCAUAUCCAAUUGAAUAUCAUCAUGAUGCCGAGACCGUACACGAACGUCUCAUCGCGCGCGGAGCUAAGGCAGAGGAGCUGGCCGGGUCGAACUAUCGUGCGUAUCACGGCGUUGCCUGGAGGAUGGGCUCAUUUGGUACGAAGGACAAGUACAACGUCAAGGGUCGGAUCGUCAUCGACACAUACGGCUGGAAUCGUUUCAACCCCGGUAAUGCUGUGUACGUUACGCCACUGAGCCAGAAGGAAGCUGUCGCGGACGAUUCUGGCAGCGAGAUGGAUGAUUACGAUGAAGAUGGCGAGGAAGUUGACGAGAGUGAGGAGCAUCAAGAGGAGGAAGAUUACGACGGAGACGACGGUGGGAUGCCCAUCGAUGGUCGCUUUGCAGAUGAAGACGACGAGAGCACGCAGCCAGCGCCCCUCACCACCGAGCAGAAGCUCAUCUGCACACCUUUGCUUCGCGGCUACAGUCUGAAAAACAAGAUGUGGCUCAACUUCUUCGUCAAUUGUGUUGAAGAUAUUGAGUGGCAGAAGGAUGCCUUCGACCGCUUGGUGCUACCAAAGAACCAGAAGGAGCUCAUCCUAGGUUUCACCGAGUCGCAGCGUAAGAAUCGGGACACGUUCGACGAUGUCAUCGAGGGCAAGGGUCGUGGCAUGAUCAUACUGCUUUGUGGACCUCCAGGUGUGGGCAAGACGUUGACGAGCGAGGCGGUCGCCGAGGAGAUGAAAGUCCCGCUGUACCUCAUGAGCGCGGGCGACCUAGGCUUUGAUCCUCGUCAUGUCGAGACCAAGCUUCAAGACAUCCUGGAAAUGUGCAGUCGAUGGAACGCAGUGCUCCUGCUUGAUGAGGCCGACGUGUUCCUCGAGCAGCGGUCACUGCACGAGCUUGAGCGCAACAAGUUGGUCAGCAUCUUCCUGAGGGUGCUCGAGUACUAUGAAGGCACCAUGUUCCUCACAACAAACCGAGUGGAAACAUUCGAUCCUGCAUUCCAGUCGCGCAUUCACAUCUCGCUCGACUACCAGGAGCUCUCGAUCGACUCGCGCAAGACCGUGUGGGAGAACUUCCUCAACAACUCGACGCAAGAGCAUACGAUCACCGAGGCACAGCUGACCGAGCUUGCCCGCAUGAACAUGAACGGUCGCCAGAUCAAGAACAUCCUCAAGAUCGCGCGUCUGUUGGCUAGCAGGAAGGAGGAGAAGCUGAGUUAUGAGCACAUCUUGACCACUCUCGAUGUCACGCAGCAUCUGCACAACGAGAACCAGGCGAGUAAGCGCACGCAAGGUAGUCUGUAUGGCUGA